AUGCAGGCCACGCUCUCGCCACGUCGAGUUCCUUCGCGCGCGAGCAACACCAAAACCAGAGAGGAUCCGAUAAAGGAAAAGCCGUUCCGGCGGCGUGAUUGGCACAUUGCUCUCCUCCGUAGCAGCCUCAUCCGCGCCGUGUACCAAACCCACAGUCAUCACCAGAUUCGGUCCAAUUUUAGCCGCAAGAUCGGUCGCAGCAUAGGCAGGCAAACAUCUUUCCGAAAAGGCUUGAUCCAGACGUAUGGGCAGCAGGGCGAGUACCUGAACAUUGCUAAUUGUCACCUCUGGAACAUGGCUUUGAACGGUUGGGAGCCCAACGUCAGAGGGCGCAGAAUGGCGGGCUUGCCAGAGCUCGACACGCAGGGAGCUACCCAGGAAGAGCUCGAGGGUAGCCUAUUGCAGGCUGCCCACAUUGUGCCGCAGUGUUUUGGCACGAAGAUGUUCCGACGCAUCUUUGGAGACGCGUAUCACGACGAGGACUUUUGGGCGCCCAGCAACGGCCUGCUGCUACCGCGUGGUGUGGCCGAGGCCAUGGACGACUGGUCCAUCACUGUGGUACCUGAGAACGAUAAUUCUUCAUACCCGAUUCGGGACUUCAAGUUUCGUGUCAUUGAUCCGACUGACGAGCGCCUAAACCGCCGCAUUACCUUCGUUAAGGGCGACUACCGCACCGGCCGGGACCUAGAUGGCGCCAGGCUGUUCUUCCCCAAGUCCUUCCGACCAAAACUGAAUUACCUGUACUUCAACCACUGUUGCGCGAUCAUCAAAAAGAAUAGGCAUCUGUUUCAUGACUCUGCAACUGAUGGAAUUUUCCUCAAAGCCAGGAAAGCCGAGCAGGAGAGAACCCAGGCCGAGGGAAGAGAAAUAUGGCAGGCGCCUUUCACGCAGGAAUAUGAUUUGUACGAGUAUUGGAAGCGUAUGCUUCGUGAUCUUGCGCGCCUGGAUCAACACCCGCAUCGUACGGUUGUGGAUUGGAGCAUGGACUUAAGAUAUUUGGUGAGGUCGAGUAGCGUCCAGACGAUGCAACAACAGGGAAGACCGAACUGGGGCGUUUUUCUUCGUUGA